AUGUGAACACAAAACUGUGUAUGCCUGCCCCAUACACAGAACCUUUCUGUUCCCCAAAUCUUACACUUGGUUGAUUUGUCAUGAGAAAAAGCAGAGGUAUCACCGAAAGUCACCUAUUUAGUCUUAAGGUGAGUCUACAAAGAUUUGUCUUAAUGUUCUGUUAAUGGAGAUUUAAGGAACAAACACCCCUGAGUUUGUCCAGUGGUUUGCUGAGUAGAGCCUCAUUUUGUCAAAAGCUUCCUGUAACUCCCUCAUGGACUGGGGUUCAUCAGGAAUGGCACGUACAGGUGGCUCCUGGUGCUGACAGACUUUCCUGUCUUACUACCAUUUUAUUUAUUUUGUGGGAAAAACAGAGGACUUUCAGUGCUUCCCAGCUGAUGAAAUACAGCGAGUAAGGAAGUUGUGUUACACUUCUGGUCGCUAAAGGUGUCAGUUUGAGGAUCAUGGAUUUUCCAGGACACUUUGAGCAAAUCUUUCAGCAGCUCAACUACCAGAGGCUUCAUGGCCAGCUCUGUGACUGUGUCAUCGUGGUGGGGAACAGGCACUUCAAAGCCCAUCGCUCGGUUUUGGCAGCAUGUAGCACGCAUUUCCGAGCUCUGUUUACUGUAGCAGAAGGAGAUCAGACCAUGAAUAUGAUUCAGCUGGACAGCGAGGUGGUGACGGCGGAAGCGUUUGCUGCGCUGAUAGACAUGAUGUAUACUUCCACGCUAAUGCUCGGGGAGAGCAAUGUUAUGGAUGUCUUGCUGGCUGCUUCUCACUUACAUUUGAACUCUGUGGUUAAGGCAUGCAAACACUACCUUACUACCAGGACACUGCCCAUGUCUCCUCCCAGCGAUCGGGUUCAGGAGCAAAACGCGCGCAUGCAGAGGUCUUUCAUGCUGCAGCAGCUUGGCCUGAGCAUUGUGAGCUCUGCCUUGAACUCCACUCAGAGUGCAGAGGAACAGCCAAAUCCUAUGAGCUCCUCGAUGAGAACUAACAUGGAGCAGCGCACUACUUUCCCUAUCCGUCGCCUCCACAAACGCAAACAGUCUUCUGAGGAGCGGGCCAGGCAGCGCAUCAGGCCCGCCAUGGACGAGUCUGUGUCCGAGGUGGCUGCAGAGAGUGGGCAGUCAGUCGUUCAUUCACGGGAAGAUUUCUUCUCGCCAGACUCACUGAAGAUCGUGGACAACUCCAAGGCCGAUGCUGUUGUUGACAACCAGGAGGACAAUGCUAUUAUGUUUGAUCAGUCUUUCAGUGCUCAGGAGGAUGCUCAAGUGCCCAGCCAGUCUGACAACAGUGGAGGAAACAUUUCGCAGAUGUCCAUGGCAUCCCAGGCCACCCAGGUGGAAACCAGCUUUGAUCAGGAGGCUGCUUCUGAGAAGAACAACUUCCCGUGCGAGAAUCCCGAGGUCAGCCUGAACGAGAAGGAGCACAUGAGGGUGGUGGUGAAGUCUGAGCCCCUGAGCUCCCCUGAGCCUCAGGACGAGGUGAGCGACGUCACUUCCCAGGCGGAGGGCAGUGAGUCUGUUGAAGUGGAGGGAGGAGUUGUGAGCGCGGAAAAGAUAGAGCUGAGCCCCGAGAGCAGCGACCGUAGCUUUUCCGACCCGCAGUCCAGUACUGACAGGGUGGGAGACAUCCAUAUUAUGGAGGUGUCAAACAACCUGGAACACAAGUCUACUUUCAGCAUCUCAAAUUUUCUAAAUAAAAGCAGAGGUGGUGGCUUCAGUGCUAGUCAAAACAGUGAUGACAACAUUCCAAACACCACCAGUGACUGCAGAAUGGACAGUGACACCUCUUACCUGAUGAGUCCGGAGUCGGGGCCUUCUGGCAGCCAUUCAUCCGCAGCUGUCUCCCACGUCGAGAAUCCCUUCAGCGAGCCCGCAGACUCCCACUUCGUUAGGCCGAUGCAAGACGUGAUGGGUCUCCCCUGCGUGCAGACCUCUGGGUACCGGGCGGCGGAACAGUUCGGCAUGGAUUUUCCACGCUCAGGCCUGGGUUUGCACUCCCUGUCGAGGGCAAUGAUGGGCUCGGUCAGAGGUGGAGCCAGCAGCUUCCCCGGCUACCGCCGCAUAGCCCCCAAAAUGCCUGUGGUGACCUCUGUCAGGAGCUCCCAGCUGCAGGACAACUCAUCCAGCUCCCAGCUGAUCAUGAACGGGACCACGUCUUUUGAAAAUGGGCACCCGUCGCAGCCCGGCCCGCCGCAGCUGACGAGGGCGUCGGCAGACGUCCUCUCCAAGUGCAAGAAGGCCUUGUCAGAGCACAAUGUCUUGGUGGUGGAGGGUGCCCGCAAGUAUGCCUGCAAGAUCUGCUGCAAGACCUUCCUGACCUUGACGGACUGCAAGAAACACAUCCGCGUGCACACUGGGGAGAAGCCGUACGCCUGCCUCAAGUGCGGCAAGCGGUUCAGCCAGUCCAGCCACCUGUACAAACACUCCAAGACCACCUGCCUGCGGUGGCAGAGCAGCAAUCUGCCCAGCACUUUGCUCUAACCUCCCCCGCGACCCAGGGAGGUGCCGCUGCAGGCGCCGCGGGAGCCUCCACACUCUGGUCUUGAAGGCUACAGGCUUGGGGGCUGCUCUGCUCAGCGAACCUUGGGUGUGAUUGUGCCACACACACAAAAUUCUUGGUUCUGUCACUUGGGGAUAUUACUGUACCUACCUCACAGGGGUGUUGUGAGGCUUAAACAGCUGCAGGCAGAGAGCGUGGAGAAUCUGGAAGUGGUGCUGUGGGGGUGUGAGGCGUCACCGCGAGGCGCGCUCGGGCCUUGAGCUGAUGGGGAUAUGGUCCUGAGGGCUGAGCGGUUCCUUGCAGGGCAGAGGGGUGAGACCCUAGUUAUCUCAUGAAGUAGCACGUUUCCAGAACGAGAAACUCAAGUGCAAAUUUCCUCUUUUUUUUUUUUUUCUAAAGUAUUUUGUAAAAGUGAAAGCAUUUAAAUAAACGACCUGUAAAACAAGUUGCUGCAUUAUGUAUGGACAGUAUUGCAAGAGCUGCUUACUGUAACUAACGCAGGCUGCAAUCUUUAAAAGAGAUAAAACAACUUUGGAUGUCUAACAUAAUGCUUUAUAAUAUGCUAAUUAUAAAAAUAGUUCUAGGGCUAUGAGUGUAUGUUUGGCUGUUUUGUAGUAAAGGACACUGUGUAAUGAAGGUGCUUAAAUUAAAUCCCAGACAAGUAACUUUUGGACUGCCAGGUGUACGUAUACUUUGAACACAGCAAGAUCUGGAUGCUUGACUGAUUUUUUUUCUGUAGAAACUUGUAUUAAGUGGUAAGUGAAGUAAUGUUUCUUGUUCGUGCUCUUCUUAGCAGUAUUUUAACCAAUUUGUAUCUCCUAUGUUAAAAUUCUGUAUACACCGAAGUCUGAAAACAGCUUGUCUUUGUCUGCUUUGUUAUUUUGAAAGAGAGAUAAUUUGUGAUGGCUUUUUUUACUGUGUAAGAUGGUCUCUUGCUGUUUCCAGGUGCUGAUAGUCAAUCUGAUCCCCGUUACUGCCUAAGCAUGUUGUUCUUUUCUGACACUCUUAUCUUCAGGCUUUAAUUUCCUCCUGUCCACGCACUCACUUUCCUUCACAACUGUGGAUUGUUCCUCAGAUCAAACCAGUCAGGAAUGAUCCUCAUUUGCCGUAUAUAUGUCUUUCUAAAAAAUGUAGUUGUCAAAUCCAGUCCUUCCACCGAAAGUAGUGUCAUAAAUGUGUGUUUCCACAUAAAUUUUAAAAAUCUACAUAGGUUUAAUUUAAAAACAGCACUGAACAACUUUGUAUAGCAGAAAUUCAGUGAUCAUUAUUCUUCAAGUGAAUCGUGUAAAUCUUGUUUUAAUUUCCUCUUCUUUGAUACCAUUGUAACUGUCUGCAGUCUCUUUUUUUCCUUUUUUAAAGGUGCACAUGAACUAACUACUGGCCUUCAGCAUAUUAGGUUUCCAAAUAAAAUUUUGGAGCACUCCUGCUGAUAAGUGUUGCUCUACCAUACAGGAGCUGGGUCAGGGCUACAGUGUGUCCCUUCUGCUUAGGAGAGAUGGAGGAUUUGUGUUUCCUGGUAUCUCAGUCGCAGAGCAACAGCUUUCCGUUAAUAUAAAAAAAAUUUGUAAACCUUCCCCUUUUUAUUCUGUACGUGUCCUGUGUGAUGAUAUUCAGUAGUUUCAUGAUUUUUGCUACCUAAUAGUGAGCCUUCUUAAACAUCUUGGGCUUACAUUUGGAUCAACUGAAAAUUAAAUCUUGAUCCACAGUCCUGUAGGUCAUUUGACAGAAUGAACUGUCAAAACUGCUGAAGUGCAGAGACCACAGCCAUGGUCAGACCGAAGGGAACAUGGAAAUCUUCCUUUGCUGGGCUUCAUAUAAAACACUACUCUGCUGAUGAAGAAAUGUGUCCUCAUCUCUAAUUACACGGCUUCACACUGAGGGGAAAAAAAAAAAAAAAACAAACGUCUGUCAGUGUGUCGUUUGCACCUUGAGCAUCCAAGGUAAACAGAAACAUGGUGAAUGAUUGGAUUGAUUCCUUUAAAAUGUUAAGAUUUUGUCAUAGGCAUUAUUUAAUGGUCGUAUUUCUAGCUCUUGAUUUUAUAAGCAUUAAGAAAAUGUGCUGCUUUUUUUUAAAGCCUUAGGAUAUGCCACAUUUUGUGUGAUAAUUUUGGUAUCAGGGGACUAACAGCAUUGAGUUAUACUAAAUAAUCUCACUGAAACAUCAAUAAAAUCCAGUAUUUUGUACUUUAAUAUUCUCUUGUGUUGCCUUAUUAGUAACGUUCUGAUUGUUUCCUCUUCCUUGCAUUUCUAGUGUUUUGUUUUAAAAGUAGGGGUUUUUUACAUUUUCUAUAUGUUCCCAAUAGCACAUCCGAAUUCCUUGAAUUCUUAGGUGUGUAGGGAUAAAGCAUCUGCGUGAGGAAGGAGAUUAAUUAAGAACUAACAAGCAGAUAAACAUAUUUAACUGUACUUUUGAUCUGUUUUUACAAAUAUUUUAAUGUCAGUGUGGAAUACCAGACCUUUGCAGGAGGACUUCUGUCUUCUUUCUUUAAGAAAAAAUUCAACUCAGAGCAUUUUUGGAAGCAGCAACUUUAAGUUUCAUUAUUGAACAACAUCUCGUGCAUCCGGAGGAGCACACUGCAACCCCCGAGCCUGUUGCUUUCCUCGUCUUCCAGUACGAAGCAAUAUCUCAGAAGGGUGUCUCCACUGAGCCAUCCCCCGUCUUAUCUCAAAGCUUGGUGAUGCUAUCAGAGAGCUUAUUGCCCUGGUUUGUGUUGAAAAUUUAAUACAAAUGCUACAGUGAGGUCUCAUGUGAAGAUGUCAGUAUGUUGGUAUUAUGAAACAUCUGAAAAUAAACCCUACGUUUUUGUG